GUCUGCAGAGUAAACAUGGUCCCGAAAGUCAAUUUGCGCAUGAUUGUGGCCACUCUUGUGACAGCAGUCACUUGUGUUCAGGAAGCAGAGGAUGUUGUACGUGUCAGCCUCAACGACGGAAAGGAAGACGUCGCCAUCCCAAGUUUAGAUCAUGAAGAGUUCGGAUACAGCAACCCAGACUCUGUGGACGAACAGAAGCUCUUUGAGGAGGACAUAAUGUUGACGUCCGAGCAAUGGGAAGCACUGAGGGAGAGGAAAGCUAUUCGUGACCUGGUCUACCGCUGGCCAAAUGGUUCUGACGACUAUCCACUAGUUCCCUACUACAUAGCUAGUGGAGGUACAGUCAGGGCAAGAAGUCUCCUGACACUCUACCGAGAAAACGUGAUAUCUUACUAAAUCUGAGUUAUCAGAUAUCCUUUUUUUUCCAGCAGAGAGUGUCGGGAAAUUUUAAUUUCAUAUUCCUAUUUUGAUGUUAGAUAUUGCACUGGGGAUGUGUUUACAUAGACUUUGCCCCCACAGUAAGAAAGUGUUUCCUUAAAACACCUGCUGUCCAUGUUCAUCUAUCAGUAAAACAGGUCCCUGGGUGUUAGUUGACUGGUGUGGGUGGCAUCCUGGAGUAUACAUGGGGACAAAAUUGACCUAAUUUGCCCAAAAUGCUCUGCAUAACAAAGGGCUUUUUAUAUAGUAAUAUGUCACUGAUGUCA